AUGUCUGGAGAAUCCGCCACCGCUAAUCACAAGGGUCAAGUUGAUCUCUUAGGCUUCAUAGAUUGGAUUGGUGUUGAAUGCCUCAAUCAAAGCACCACUCUCUCUGUUUCCAGUGCUAUCAAACAGACUGACAGAUCACGAAUAAAUGACAGGAACGAAGCUGGAAUUUUAACGGCCAGGAAGGAUUUGGAUUAUAUUGGGCGUGACGAGUUGCUUGAGGCAUUAAAAAGGCAAAAAGGAACAUUUGAAACAGGGCAAGAGGACACUACAGAAAUUCCUGAAGAACUGAGACUGAGAUUGGCAUAUAGAGAAGCAGCUGUUGCUGUUAUUGCAUGUUAUUUUCCUGAGCCACUCCGCCCUUUUGUUGAGCCAGCCAAAUAUGUCUUAUAG